CUUAGAAUUCAGUUAGUACCUUGCAGCUCGAGCGUCACUAUCUUACCAAAAUUGUUCAAAAUGUUCUUCAUCACAGUUGCGCUACUGAUCAUAAUGAUCUCCUCAUCAUGGCUUCUGCUCCACUUCCACAUCAAACGGAAGCGACUCUUCGCCAGCUGUCUUGAAAUGCAUGAACCAAAGGUGCGCUUUCUUGGGAUGGACCUAACAAUGGCCGUCGAGAACGAAGUGCAACGCUUCCAGUCGGUGUGGCAAAUGUUCCUGGGUCAUGAUCGCGUGUUCAAGCACUUGCUUGGGCCGAUCAUGUGCAUCGGCGUUAGCCACCCGGAUUUGAUGCAGAAAGCGCUAGCGCAUUCCGAUUGCUUGGAGAAACCGUUCUUCUACAAGUUUGUGCAGCUGGAGCAUGGGAUAUUUACCGCUGAGUAUAAGCGAUGGAAAAGUCAAAGAAAGGCUUUGAAUCCGGCAUUUAAUAUGAAAAUUCUGAACAGUUUCAUUCCAAUUUUUGCGGACUGCAGCGCGAGGAUGAUAGACGAGUUGAGCAAGUGUGCGAAUGGGGAAACGGUUGACAUGUUCAAGUUUACUUCCAAGUGUACGUUGGAAAUGGUAUGCGCAACUACUCUUGGAAGUAGUGCUCUGGAACGGGAAGGUUGUGAUGAGUUUUUACGAAACAUUGAAUCCUUAUUUGAGCUUAUUGGAAAUAGACUGCUUAGAAUUGAGCUAUUUCCAGAAUUUAUUUACCAGCUGACAAGCUUUCAUAGGAAGGAGGUGUUGGUUCGUAAACAAAUUGAUGAAUUUGCUGGUAAGAUUAUAGAAGAAAAAUGGGCAGAACAUAUUGCCAGCAACAACAAUCAAGAAGAAAUCCCAAAUUCAAAAACUGCAGAAGAAGGCACGGACGGCAUUCGAAGACCGCUAAUCUUCAUCGAACAGUUAUUUUCUUUGUCAAACAGCAGUCGUCCGUUCACCGAUGAGGAAAUUUUGCACAACGUGUUUACAAUUUUGAUAGCUGGAAACGACACCUCCGGACUAGGAGUAGCCCACGCUUGUCUGUUUCUGGCCAUCUACCCGGACAUCCAACAGAAAGUCUACGACGAAGUGAUCAAACAUUUCCCCGCCAAUCUUCCUCUGGAUGCCGAUUCGCUAAGACAACUCGAAUACACCGACAUGUUCCUGAAGGAAGUCCUCCGUCACUGCCCGGUUGCACCCACCGUGGCUCGACAGAACUUGAAAGAUCUGGAACUCGAUGGCGUUCGUAUACCGGCAGGAAACACCCUAACCUUUUCAUUUUUCGCACUGCAUCGACGAGAGGACAUGUGGGGACCGGAUGCGGAGAAAUUCGAUCCGGAGAACUUUACACCAGAACGGUGCGAGAAACGGCAUCCAUACGCGUUCAUGCCAUUCAGCAGUGGUUCCCGGAACUGCAUUGGGGGCCGAUAUGCAAUGAUCAGCAUGAAGGUAAUGAUCGUGCAUGUUGUGAGGAAUUUUUUGCUGAAAACGGAGCUGAAGCACGCAGAUUUGAAGUACAAAUUCGGAAUGACUUUGAAGUUGCCGUUUUCUCAUUUCAUUCAAGUUUGUAGAAGAGAUACUGUCAGCGAAUAA